AUGACAAGUAUGAACAGGUGUUUUCUUUUUUAUUAUUGCAUAUUUAAAAUGGUAUUAGUGUGUUUAUGUAUAAGCAUGCAAGCAUUUAUUCAUAUCUGUCAUUUCUGUGACAAGCGCAAUCGCCGUGUUCCUCUUCUUCUUCCUCAUCGUCGGGUUCAUGGUAAGAGAUGGUGGUAUUUGGUAAUUUCGUCUUUAAUUCGUCUAAUUGUGCUUGUUCUAAAGGCGUGUAAAUGGUAACUAUGCCAACCGUUUGGUGAGCGUCCAAGUGGUUGUAAAAUUGCUCAAAUUCUUGAGGGGUAGUGAUAAUAAUGGACAUGACACAAAAAAAAAAA